CUGGAGGUAAGUGGGUAAAUCCAUUGAACUGGCUUCCCACAAUGUAAUCAUUACAGCGCAUCUUUGAGAGACUCGAGAGAGUUCUCUCUCUCCCUCCUUUCCUUCAUUCUCUUAGUCCCCACCGCCUUGCCUGGUCUUGCCUCCCGGUUUCCAUGACAACUCCAAGGGAGCCUAAACUGGGGGCUUGAAUGCCAGGGUGAGAGGAGGGAAGAGGUGGUCCAAGAGCAGAGCGACAACGAGUGUGUGUUGGAGGGGGCGACUUCUGAAGCUCUCCCCCUCCCUGGCCUCGGUCCCUUUAAGCUCCCCCCCCCUUGCCACGCUCCUUCUGCCACUCUCCGUCUGCCCGCCCCCCCUCCGACACUGUCUUCAUCUCUCCAUCUCUGCGCUGCCGCCGCCGCUGCUGCCGGCUGCGCCAUCCCCGGACCCAGACUUCUGCACCGGCCAGGGGGCCCUGACUCGAGCUUCAGAGACCCUGCUCCAGCUACUGCAAACAUGUCAUCGGAAAAGUCAGGCCUUCCAGACUCAGUUCCCCACACUUCGCCGCCGCCCUACAAUGCCCCCCAACCUCCGGCAGAGCCCCCCAUCCCGCCCCCACAAACGGCCCCCUCCUCGCACCAUCACCACCACCACCACUACCACCAGUCUGGCACUGCCACCCUCCCGCGCUUAGGGGCAGGUGGGCUGGCCUCUGCCUCGGCUAGCGCUCAGCGUGGUCCUUCGUCCUCCGCCACGCUACCGCGGCCCCCCCACCAUGCCCCACCCGGUCCCGGCGCUGGGGCUCCUCCACCCGGCUGUGCUACCUUACCCCGCAUGCCACCCGACCCUUAUCUGCAGGAGACUCGCUUCGAGGGCCCACUUCCCCCACCGCCGCCGGCGGCCGCCGCCCCGCCCCCACCAGCACCAGCCCCGACGGCCCAAGCCCCGGGCUUUGUGGUGCCCACGCACACGGGGGCGGUGGGCACACUGCCGCUGGGGGGCUACGUGGCGCCCGGCUACCCGCUGCAGCUGCAGCCCUGCACUGCCUAUGUUCCGGUGUAUCCGGUGGGCACGCCCUACGCAGGCGGGACCCCUGGGGGGCCGGGAGUGACCUCCACUCUGCCCCCGCCGCCCCAGGCCCCAGGGCUGGCUCUGUUGGAGCCCAGGCGCCCGCCACACGACUACAUGCCCAUCGCUGUGUUGACCACCAUCUGCUGCUUCUGGCCUACAGGCAUCAUCGCCAUCUUCAAGGCCGUGCAGGUGCGCACGGCCUUGGCCCGCGGAGACAUGGUGUCCGCCGAGAUCGCUUCACGCGAGGCCCGGAACUUCUCCUUCAUCUCCCUGGCCGUGGGCAUCGCAGCCAUGGUGCUCUGUACCAUCCUCACUGUAGUCAUCAUCAUCGCCGCCCAGCACCACGAAAACUACUGGGAUCCCUAAAACCACCCCCCUGUCGGCCCCACUCCGUGCCCCCCAACCUCCCAGGCGCGUCGUGCAGUCCUGCCGCCUAUCCAACGCGCGCCCUGCACAUCCUCCUGCGACGCCGCUGGACUUCCAGACAUCAUAAACUCCGCCCCCACGGAACCUCGGGCCCAGCGACUACGCUCCGAAUCCAGUUCCUCAGGAACUUCUCCAAAACCCACAUCCCCAGCGACACUGGAAUCCGUGCCAAACCCCAAGCCCCGAGCCCCGAGUCGCCGCCCCACCCCGUCAAGUGCAAAACGGGGGCGGAGCUCCCCUGGUCUCGGAUCCUCAGUAGGGAGUCAGGCCCUCGAAGCUCCGCCUCCUCUAUAGGCCCCGCCCCAACUCCCACAAACCCCGCCUCCAGGUCGGCAGGCUCCGCCUUCUUCCCUGCGGGGUAGUUCAGUCUGUUGAUUGGGUUUGUGAAUUCAGGCCCAACCCGCAGUCGGACGU